AUGCUUAAAUCUCUAAAUGAUAGUGUAAAUUUUGCUUAUGCUGAUGACACAGCAAUUAUUGUCGCCGAUAAAAAUAUACAAAAUGCAACAAAAUUAAUGCAACAACAAUUAGAUAUUGCUGCACAAUGGUGCCAUGAUAAUGGCUUAGUUAUAAAUGCAAAUAAAACGAAAUUAAUGCAUAUAAAACCACGUCACCUAAUAGAUACCCCUAUUGUCAUAAAGUUCCAUGAUACAUCAUGUUUACACAAAAGAGCUCAAAAUCUAUAUUCACUUGGCAAUCCCGAAACAUGCACAACAAAUAUUGAAUUGGUAAAGACAUACAAAUAUUUAGGUGUUUACGUAGACAAUUGCUUCAAAUGGAAACCGCAAAUAAAUGAAAUAAGAAAAAAACUUCGGAAAGCAUCAUACGUGUUAUAUCAUUUAAGUAAUUGCGCUACAUACAGUGUUCUUAGGCAGGCUUACUUCUCACUUGCGGAAUCCUAUAUAAGACAUGGGAUCUCUGCCUGGGGAAGCGCCAAAUAUAGUAAAACACUGCAAAAAACCCAAGAUCAAAUCCUCAAAAUACUCUGGAAAAAUCAUAAUAACUCAAGAAAUACCAGCACAUGCACAAAUAUCAACAUCAACACUAGAAUCACCAACAACACGAACAUAAACAGCAUCAGAAGUUUUCCAAAAGAAUUGAAUAUACUCAAUGUAAACAGAAUAUACUCUACAAGCCUAGCUAGCGACUUUUUCGAUGACAGUAGAUUCCUACAUCCUAUUGACCACGGAUACAACACCAGGCGUCGCAGUCAAAAAAGAUUUAAAGUAGAACGUUUUUAUAAUGAGUAUGGGAAAAGCACAUUACCUGUUAUGUUACCAACUAUUAUUAAUAAGCUUCCUAUAACUAUACUAAACACUACAAAUGUUAUGAAGAGAAAAAAAUUAAUUAAACAGUUUUUUAUAAGUUCGCAAUGAACAAUUAUUUCCUUUAUAUAAAAAAUUAAUUUACUAUGUAUUAUAAAUUUAUAUUAAUAUUUAUAAUUAUUUAUAAUUAUUUAUCCUGCUGACAAGCCCAACGGCUUAGCGGGUUUAGUACUAAUCAAAAAUGUUUUUGUAUAAUUUCCU